CGAGGCCGGGGGAGGCCGGGGCGGUGCUGGGGCUGUAAACACGGGGCGGAGCGGGGCCGGGGCCGCUCCCGCGCACACCCAAGCGCAGCCGCGGCCGGGGCCGCUCCAGCGGCGGCAGCACCGCAGCCCCGAUGGCCAAGCAGCCCCCCGAGCUGAAGGCGCGACGCGACGGAGAGGGCGGGCGGCUGCCGGCGGCGGAGGGGCCGGGCCCGGGCGCGCAGCUGCGCCCCGGCGCUCCCGCCGCCCUGCCCGGGGCCGGCCCGGUGUCCGCGGCCGCCGCGGCGCGGGGCCCGCCCGCCAGCCCCGGCCCCUUCGCCACUCGCUCGCCGCUCUUCAUCUUCGUGCGGAGGUCGCCGCUGCUGCCGCGCUCCUCCAGCGGGUACUUCUCGUUCGACGCCGAGCGCAGCCCCGCGCCCCUGGGCUGCGACAAGGCCACGCAGACCCCCAGCCCGCCCUGCCAGGCGCUCAGCCACUGCCUCAGCGCCAUGGCUUCCCGGUGGCAAUCCCAGUCUCCAGCCGAAGAGGUGCAGCCGGAAAUCUGGAUCGCGCAGGAGCUGCGGCGCAUCGGUGACGAGUUCAAUGCUUCCUAUAGUCCACGCAGGGCUGAUCCCUUGUGAUGCAAAGUGGCUGCUUCUUGGGAUGAAAGGACAUCUUUCCAAUGAAAGGGAGGCUGUCCAGAAAGCUGGAGGCAUCUGGUAGCUGCAGGCAGUUCCAGAGGAGCUGGAAGAAAUGCACGGUGCCAUGGACUACCCUGAACUGGAAGAUCCACAAGGAUUAUCCAAGUCUAAGCUCCUUGCCCUGCACAACCCCAGCAAUCCCACCCUGUGCCUGAGAGCAUUGUCCACAUAUUCCUUCAACUCUGGCAGCCUUGGGGCUGUGACCAUUCUCUGGGGAGCCUGUUCAGUGCUGGACUACCCUCAUUCCAUCUCCCAUCUCCUCCCUGCCUCCCAGAGCAAAGCCUUAAAUUUGGAGCACUUUGUGAGAAGCAGGAAUGUCCUUCCAGCAUUAUCCCAGCUCCUUUGGUGCUGGAAGUCUCUGGGCACAUCAUGCUGCUCCCGGCAAUCUGUGGCGUAUAAGGGGGUGAAUUUAAUGGGAAUGGGGGUGUUUCCCAGGCAGCAGCAGGGUGAGGUGCAGGGGGCAUCCCCCGGGUUUGCAUGAGGCUGUUCCCAGCACUGCGGCUGCAAUUCCAACCUGGGGCUGCCCCGGGGCAAGGAGCGGAAUGUGAAGGACACGUUCUGCCUUCUCAGGUGACACGAGCAUGGAGCAGGGAACAUCAUGCGUGACCCUAAAAACACUUAGUACCGGGUGCAGUCAGCAUGUGACAAAUUCUCACUCCCUGCACCCAAAACUGGAGAGGUGUCAGAGCACUGAAGCCAUUGUUUAACUAUCAUCCCUGAGGCACUUUGUGGAAAGGUUCCUUUUCCUUCUGGAAGCGUUCUGGCUGCUCCCAACCUGUCUUGGCUCUGGAGGGGAAGGUGGAAGGGCUUGUGCCCGCCGGCCCCGCCUGGCUCUGGGGUUUGCCCUUUCAGCCCGAGGUUAGAAAUGGGGAACUGCUGCCGUGCCAGAGCCGCACUUGCCGGGCAGGUCGGGGCUGUCCGACGGGUCCCGGCGCCUUCCCUGUCACGUUCCUCAGGGGUGUGGCCUCCCCUCCCUCCUCCCCCCCCCUUCCCCCCCCUCGGGACCGUUUUCUCGGACAAGACACCAGGAAAUCGGGCAAUUUGUCAUCCAGCCACUCCUUGUCCCAGCAAGGCUUGUGAGUCCCAGGCUUUUCCUGGAAGAGGGGGCAUCCCUUGACCACUGUCACAAGCCCCAAGCUCUGCUGGCUUUGAAGUGUUAAACACUUCACUUUUUGCCUCUAGAAUAUUUUCCAGGUGUUUAUAUAGCAUGGGGAGCUUCAUGCUGGGAAUUAAAGUCAUGGCUUUGUUUGUGUUUAUUUGUUUGUUCUGUGUGUGUGUGCGUUUGGUUUUUUUUUUUUCCCUCCCUCUCUUUCAGGGUUUCUUGGAUCACCAGGUGGGAAACCCCCAGGUCGUGAUCCUGCGCCUCCUGCGUUACAUCAUCCGCCUCAUCUGGAGGCUCUAGUGAGCGACAGGCGCAUCCCGAGCCACCAGGACUGAAUUCCUCGCUGGGAAAGCCCGGGAAGGAUGGACACAUGGAUGGAUGGGGGGCUUCCACCCUGUCUCUCCCCCAGGACACGUGGCAGGAUGAGGGUGGACAUCCCAUUCCGACCGUGGUGUUUUAUGGCAGAGUGGUGUUUACUUGGUGUUUCUCUCCACUCUUUUUACUCUUUUUUUUUGGCCUUUUUUUCCCCAAAAGAGUCUCAGCGAAAAUGCGGAAUAAUGUUUUGUCAUCAUUCCUGGAAUCUUGUGGGAUGAGCCUCGCAGCAGGAAAGAGGGAAACCUCAGCCAGCUGAUGGGCAGAGCCGCCAGAGUUUGCCUUGCAGAGGCUCAGAUUCCUCCCCUCUCCCUUUGCCUCCGGGGCGUUUGCCCCCCAAAAAGGCUGGAAAAAGGGCAGAGGGAUUUAAUCAGCACUUCUUUUCCCUGUAAAUACCUAAUGCUGCCCCAAAUCCAUCUUCAUCUGCAUCAUGCAAAUCAGCUUAUUUCCUGCUGACUCAUUUUUCUUGGGUUUUGAUAUCUAUUUUUUUGAUCCACUCUGAAUCUCAAGACUUCGCUGUCGAACUCCAGGGUCCAAACCAUCACAACCAACCAACCAACCAAACCCCAAGCCACCAGGUUGCCUUUUUUUAAAGAAAUUCUUUCUAUAAAACGUGUGAAAACGCUUCUGUAGUGUCUGCUAUCAGAUGUAGGGGACUGAGUAUUUCAGCAAUAAACCAUUUUGGAGGCAGGGAGCAGCUCCCGGAACGCCGGAAGCAAUGGCAGCAGGACCUGCUGUGAGUUGUGGCUGUCAAAAGCGGUUUCCAAGACUGUGUUUUCCUGGGAUCCUCUCCGUGUUAGGAAGGGGAUGAGCACCCAGAUCAGAUGGAAGGAUGCCAGCCGGACAUGGAUCCAUCCAGGACAUUCCAAGGUGAUCUGACUGCUCUGUGUCCUCCCAGAUAACUUCCCUGGUGCUCCACGUCCCAGGGCCUUUCCCUUUGGCCCUGGAGCCAGGGAUCCAUGGCUGUUCCUGUUGUCUGCCAGCAUAUGUUUUUAGGGGAUUGGCUGCUCCGGCCAUCCCAUAUCUAUGCACAAACAUCCCCCUUCCCUCAGGCUGGUGUAGGUGCUCCCCAAAAACUAUGGGGUUGUUUCUGGUCUCACCAGCACCACAGAAAAAGAAAAGAAGGAAAACCGUAUCCCAGUCUCCCCUUGGAGCAGUUCCUCCCACAGGGAGAAGCUGCUGAGUGCCAUCGAUGACAAUUAGUGUAAUAAAUGAUGGACAGACCCCAGUGGGACCUCUCUGCAUGGCUGUGCCUGGCGGGUUGGAGCGGGACCUCCCCGCCCGCUCCUGGAGGAUCACAGAGGGAGUUUUAACCGUGAUUGCCAAUUUUAUUCCCUUUUUUUUUCCGUGGAAGUGCAAGGUGAGCAGCAGGGAAUGUUUUGGAAAGGGCAUUUUGGAGCCCUUUGUGGGGGGAACCUUUGCACUGGUGGAGAGCGAGCGGUUCAAAUAACGAGGGAGCUUGGCCAGGGCAGAUCCUGCUCCUCAUCCCUUGGGAUUUGCCUCUGGCUUUGGCUCACCACGGCUGUGCUGCCUCAGCCAGCCCUACUGUAGGCUGCCACCAGGGAUUUCCCAUGGAAAUCCACUGGUAAAAUUGCACGGAUAAAAUUCAGCAGCAGAGGAGGGGAAACCCAGUGAGAUUUUUUUCCUCCCGGCUGAAUUCCGUCAUUGCUAGUGGAUGAAAUGGUGCUUUGGGAUCUCCCAACCUUUGGCAUCUGGAAUGUGUCCCUUGGAGUACACCAAAGAAUCACCAAAGAGCACUUUACCCUGUCCUCCUAUGGAGACAAAAAACAGAUUCAUUUUAAGGAAAAAAAAUUCAAGGCAUUGGCAAAGUCUCCCAGGGCCUUCUCCACAGGAGGAGUUCCCAGAUAAAAAUCAUAGGAAAAAGAACCCUCGAAAAGCAGGAUUCCUGUGGCGUUGUGAGUUUUAGUGGGAAAAAGCCCCCCAAAAAGCCUCAAAACAGAAGAAUGAUAUAAAAUAGGGAUUUAUUCAGCCAUGUUGGCUGCCUGCUCUGGGUUGUGUUUAAGCAUAGGCUGUGCUCUGUAUUGCACCAAAAGGAUGAAGAGUUUUCCUUGGAAACCAGAUUGAUCCCAUUCUUGCUUCUCCUCUUUUCCACCAAACUGUAAAUACCCAAAUAUUUAUUAGAGUAGAGCACCAUAUUAUUGUCAUCAUCUGAGCCAAAUAUCUGUGUGCAAUGUACUCCCUCUCCUUUCUCUCCUGUAAGUUUUGUACAGCUUAGAAAUACAUUUAAAAAAUCUAAAAAAAUUAUAUUAAAAAAAAUCCUGGUUUUUUCCUACACUUUUUUAGAGUUGAAUUGGUAAAUACUGAAAUACUGUAGGUCCUUUUUUUUUUGUUUGUUUGGGUUUUUUCCCCUGCGUAAUUAAUGCACUCUACUGUUUAAUGCUGUAACUUGUAGAAAUGUUGUAUAUUUAUUUCCCGCUUAUUUAAGUUCCUGUGAAGAUUUGGUUUCCUCCCUGCCAGAAGUGUUGGAUCGCCUUCCAAAGCCAUGUUGGUGUGGAUAACAAGAUUUUAAUCUUCUUUUUUUUUCUCCAAGUGCCUAAGUCCCCACUUCCCAGGAGUGAUUUAGGCACAUCAAAGACUUUAGCAUUAGUGAAAUUCAGUGGGAAUUUGGAAUUUGGCUCCUCUACCCCCCUGGGAUUGCUCCAGCCAGGUUUUCCUGGAGCAGCCAUCCCAGGGAAUCACGUGAAUCACUAAAUCGUGUCGCAGGACCCAGCGUAUGUAGCAUUUUUGACUGCAAUUUCCCUGCCUUCCUUGUGUUUUGCACUGAUGAAUUUUGGACAGGGUAAUUGCCACUUUACUUGUGCAAUACUGCUGUAAAUAAUCGCAAGAGCCUUGUUUUUUGGGGGUUGUUUUUUGGUUUUGUUUUUAAGAAUCUUUUAUGUUCUUAAUAUGAGUUUUAUAUGAAUAAAAACUUUCAACUAUU